AUGAUUUCUUCUUCAAAUGUAACCUUUCUUGAAGCAGCACAACCACAACAGCAUGGGAGCGAACGAGUCUCUGCUGUAUUUGUGUUUGGAGAUUCUACCGUUGACCCGGGUAACAAUAACUACCUUCCAACCGUUGCUAGAGCAAACUUCCCACCUUACGGGAAGGAUUUCGUGAAUCAUAAACCUACUGGAAGGUUUAGUAAUGGUCGUCUUGUUACAGAUUUCAUUGCUUCAUUUCUGGGUGUUAAGGAGAAUUUGCAACCUUACUUGGAUCCAACUUUAACAAUUGACGAUCUUAUGACUGGAGUUAGCUUUGCCUCUUCUGGUGGUGGUUAUGAUCCAUUCACAUCGCAACUAAGUGGUGCACUCACUACAUCACAGCAAUUGGACUUAUUCAGAGACUAUAAAAGAAAAGUGGCGAUAGCGAUUGGCAAGGAGAGAACAGAUGAUUUGAUUAAGAAAGCAGUAUACAUUGUGAGUUCUGGAACAAACGAUUUCGCUUUCAACUAUUAUGGGGCCAUUGUUGUUCGACGAACAGCCUAUCCAACCAUCUCUAGUUAUCAGAAUUUCUUGUGGCAGAACAUUGAAAGCUUCUUACAGGGCUUGAUGGAUGAGGGUGCAAAGAAAAUAGGGGUGGUGAAUGCGCCUCCAAUUGGAUGUUUACCUGCUAUCAUUACCGCUAACUCCAAGGACCCUAUUCAUAGCCGUAAAUGCAUUGAACGUUUUAAUUCUGUUUCAAGAGAUUAUAAUAAACUUUUGGAAAAUAACUUAAAGGGUCUUCAAAGAUGGAAUACGAGGAUUAUUUAUGCUGAUAUAUACAAGCCCAUCAUGGAUAUGGUUACAAGAAACCAUCAAAUUGGUAUGUAUAUGAUUGGAGAUUACUAUUACAUAUAUAACUGA